CUUCAGCACUGCACCUCCACUGCAGUCACAAGUCUCUGUUUGUUGUGGCUCAGCAGGUUUUUAUGGUGUUUUAUAGUUCUAAUGAUUUAUGGAUAAAAUUUCUACAUUAUUAACAGGUGAAAAACUAUUGAGAACCUGGUUAAUCGUCUCCGUGUCCUUAGAAGAAUCGUGGUGAGAGAGCAAAGGGUUUCUGAAUACGGGACAUUGAAGUACAAAGGCAGGGAAUACAGGAUGAAUGACGAAGGUAUUGCUACGCAAGACAAGAGGGCGCGUGACCAGUAUCUGAGGCACUUCAACCCACGGAACUACCGCGCCACAUACUAUGCCUCUGUGGACCAGGACAUGGAAUUCUUCCUGCAGUGUUACCACCACGCCUUCCACGCCGAACCUCGCCUGACUCGCCUCGGCCCUGCCCAAAGACGUUUGCUGGAGGUGGGCUGCGGUCCUGUGCCUGUGUACUCCGCUUGUGCCUCCGCCUUCGCCUCCUCCGUCACCAUGAGCGAGUUUCUGCCUCAAAAUAGACGCGAGAUGGAAGCCUGGAUGGAAGGCAAGGACGAGGCUCUGGAUUGGUCAUUCUUUUUCAACUACCUGUCCUCUCUUAGCCCUCACAGGAGUGUGAAGGACAUUGAAAGUCAGCUGAGGUCACGUUUCACAAAGAUCAUCCCAUGUGAUCUUACAAUGGACAACCCGCUCACCUCUCCCGCCCACAGAGCCUCCUACGACGUGAUAAUGACGAACCUGUGUCUGGAAUUCGUGGCAUCAAGCAAGGACGCCUUCAACCUAAUGGUGGGUCGUCUCGUGUCCCUGCUACGACCUGGCGGAGUGCUCAUCAUGGCCGGGGCUCUAAUGUGCACGAAGUACCAACUGGGAGGCCAGACAUACCAUUCCGUGCCCCUGGGGGAGGAGGACCUGAGAGCUGCCGUAAGCCCUCACUGCCAGGGGGACGUAACCAUAAGGACACUCCCACGCCAGGGCCUCCUUCAGGAAAAACCAGCUGACCACGAGGGGGUGUUCUUUCUCCUGACGCAACGCCAGCAGGAGGGAGAGAGCGAAGGGAGAGAAGGGAAAGAAUAGGCAUGAGAGGAAAUCCAGCAGUAGAGAGAUGAAGAUGGAAGAAUGAGGAUAGUGGGAACAGAAGGGAGAAGUCAUGGAGGGUCAAUGAAGGGAAUG